UGUGACAGAUACUUCAACUGGAAUGGCUGGUAUCGGCUGCUGUACUACGGGAUGAGUGUCCGUAUGCCAGAGAGCUGUGUUGAUGAAUCCAGAUGUGGUACUUAUACCACUCUGUGGCUGAAUGGCUCUCACCCUCAGACAGGGGAUGGAAUAGUCACUCGUGGGGUCUGUGGGAGGUCAGGAAGUGACUGCUGUUACUACAGAUUCAUCCCAAUUCGAGUGAAAGCCUGUCCAGGAAACUAUUAUGUCUAUGAGUUUGUCAGACCAACUAUCUGCACUGCAGCUUACUGUGCAGAUGUCAGCAGCAUGACUCCAACCACUGCCCCAACCACUGCAACCAAUGAUUCUGGACUAAGUACAAUCACCGGGACUCCCAACAACCUCACUUUUGACCCCUGCAAUGUCUCUAGAGGUCUUGAUAAUGACUGGAGAAGUUACUACUAUGUCAGCUACCUUGGGGAAAAGUGCUCAGAUUCCUGA